ACUACUAUUUCCUCUUCAGGUUUACUUUACUACUCUUGCACAGACAUAAUGCUGUACAUCGCUGUCUUUGCUCUACUGGGGGCCUGUGCCUUGGCUGAUAACUCCCAUUACUCCUUUUCUGAGUCUGUAGGAACAGGAGGCGGCUCCUCAUUCAGCGUCACAGGGGAGGGAAGAAUCACAGCCAUUAGAGUGUGGGAGCUCUACAACACCUACAUCUACGGCUUUCAGUUCCGCUACGACAUUACCGGUUGGACACCGGUUGUUGGCUACAUAUCUGGUGAACCCCUCGAGUUGGAGCUUUCAGACGAUGAAAGAAUCAUCCAGAUCUCUGGAAAGUACGCUCACCACAUUCAGUCGCUGAUCUUUGUCACCAGUAAAGGCCGCUCCCUGCACGUCGGACAGCCCUCAGGCCACUCCUUCAACAUUUAUCCUUCCCACCCAGACGCCGAGCUGCGCUUCCUUAGCGGCUGGGUCAACGGGGCUCCCUCUUCCCUCCAGGCCCAUUGGGCUGUCCUUGACUCUGACAUAACUGAUGAUUAAUGAGCAAUGAUGAAGAAAGAGGAAAUAAACAGGUUCUCAAUCCAAAAAGGGAUAUUUCUUCUGUUUUGAUAAAGAAUAAUUUAAGAAUCAUAGACAUUAUUGUCAUUCUUUGAUUGAAGUUUGUACUAAAAUCCAGUAAAAUAACAUUACCUUCUUAUCUCUUCACAAAUGGUUAGUUAAUUCUUUGUCUGUCAACAUUUUAAUCCAGCAAAGAUAACAAAGAUUCAGUAAAAAGAUAUGUGGAAAUCAAAUUGUACAAGAAAUAUUCCUCUGUACUUCCUUUUUUCUCAAAUAAAUGAUGCUGUGGAGGGUAAGGGAAUAAUUCCAUCUAUAAAAAUUACUUAUUGUUUAGUAAAGUUA